GAUGCUCAAGAAUAUAAAGGAAGCCAAAUUUAUUCUACCGCAGAAUCUCUCUAUUGAAGCUGGGAAACUGAUGGGCAAGAUAUUUAGAAUCGACCCACGGGAUCGCCCGUCACUAUCGAAUGUCCGUCGCCACAAGUUCUUCACAAAGGGCUUCACUCCAAAGACACUGCCAGCUAGUAGCUGCAAUACACCACCAAAGCAUAAAUCAGUCAACCCAUUCAAAAAGAUUUUCAACCGUUUCAUGCGCCUGAUACGAAAAAAGCGAUCCAGAGUUGAGCCUUUACGGGAGGAUGCCGAGCAGAGUGGACUUGAGAUCCCCCAGCCUGUGGAGUCACUCCGUGUUCUAGAGGAUGUCAACAGACCAAUGAACAAAUUGACCUGGUCCAGUUGGUCAAAGUGGUUGAGGGACCUGUAGGCAGGCUGUACUCAGCAAGUGCAGUGACGCCCCACACCUGAGUGCCUCCCCCAGCUCCCUGUCCACUCCUGUUUCAAUAAAGUUCUUUUGUGUUUCAAGCA